AUGAUGUCCGGCGAUCCCAGCGUUGGUAAGAGCCGCUGGUCCCAAGGUGAAGAUGGUGAGGAGGCACUAGAGAUCCGUAUCCCCAUCACGCUGCCGCAGUCUGUGCGGCCGAAGGACCUCACGGUGGAGGUUAAAGACCUCGCGGUACUGUGUGUUCGGCACCGCGACACCGGGAUCCUGCAGUGGCGUCUCUUUGACUCGGUCGCGGCGGAGGUGGAGUGGCGCGUGGAGGAUGAAGGCAUGCUGCUCGUAGUGGAGCUGAUCAAGAAGAGCCCUUCAGUGUGGCCGUGCCUACUCGACCUGCCAAUGCGCCUCGACAACGAGCUGUUUGUCACGGACGACAUGCUCGACGCGCUCUUCCGCGAGCAGCACCCUUCCCUCCCAGCGACUGAUGCGGAUGCGCCGAAGGAGAGCGGCGACGAGGAGGACCUCGAAAAGCUCCUGGAGGAGGCAGCGGAGGAGGUUGUCGGCGCGGCGUCAAGGAAUAACGACAAGGAGUUCAUCCAGGCAGAGCUGGAAAACUACAAAACCGAAGAGGAGGAGAUACGGAAGAAGCUACUCGAGGUGACGAAUGAGUUGGAGGCCAGCACCAGCGACGAGGCGAGGAAGCAGGCGCAAAACCAGAAGGCAAUUCUGGACGAGAUGCUGCGGCUGCACAACGUGCUUCUGGAGAAACGCAGGGCACCGACAACUCUUGCACUUUUCCUUGAAAUCGAGCAGCUUGACAUUCGCAAGGCGCGUGUCAACGUGGGUGAGCUCUCGGAGGAAGAGGCAGAGGCGUAUGCCACUGAGGAGGAGCGCGCCAUGACGGCCCAUGAGCUCAUGACAACGGGACUUAAGCAUUUAGGUGAGCAGGAGGUGCAACCCGCUCUUCACUUUCUUCGCCUCGCCGCUAUCCAUCACAACCACGAGCAAAGCGUUCUCGUCCUGUAUAGCAUCUACGCCCAGCUUGGGUCCCCACGGGGACCUUACCUUCUUCUAAAGCGUGCGCUGAAUGAUGAUGAUUUCAGUGCCAGCGCCAAUCUCAAGGUUGGUGAGCUGUUUGAUGCUGGCGCUCGCCAUUUCCUUCCGAUGUUUCCUGCAGCACUGUACUUUUAUCAGCGUGCUGCGCGGGCAGGAAGUGUCCAUGCAAUGUUGGCUAUUGCGCAGAUGUAUCUCCGCGGCUGCACAACGUCCACGAUGCUGUCUUCCGAGCAAAUGGAGGGGCUGAAGAGCAUUGGAAAAUACCAUGCAUGGAUUCAACAGGCCGUUGAUCGUGGAUGUGGCUCUGCCUACUUUGUGAAGGGCUGUAUGUACCUCAAGGGCGAGCAUGGCUGCGGCAAAUCGUAUAAGAUGGCGAAGGAGCUCUUGGAUAUGGCGUCAUCGUCGCAGCCAGACGUUGCACGACGCGCUCCGCAGGUGUACAUUAUGCUGGAGAAGCUUCGGCAGGAGGAGGAAGGUGGGCUGGAGCCAAAGGUAAUUGCGUCACCCUUAACACUCGCAAAGACGAAGGGGUCCAAUACCUACGAUAAGGCCAACACCGGCAACGAGGACGAGAUCACCGGAGACAACAAUGGAGACGACAAUGUGCAGUCAAGCGCCUCCAUGGUGCGGCUGAACAAUAUGAGCAGCAAAGGCGCUGGUCUCGGGUCUACCGUUGCGCGCCCGAAAAAAAUGAUGGGUCGUUCCUCCAACACGAGAGCCUUUUGGGAAAAGGCAGUCACGAGUGGCUUGACAGUCUACAGUCUUUACACCAUUUUGUUCCCACUGCGCGUUCUGAUCCUUCCACACAUUUACACGCUGCUUGGGGGUGUGGUGGAGCGUAUCCCGUGGCUGAGCGCCGGCCCGCCACCCAUGCAGUUUUAA